AAUCCAUAUGCAAUACACCAACCAUGUAGGUAUGUAAAGUGAUCAAAGAUGCGGAGGCCUUCUUGUAAGGAAGUAAAUAAAUAAGGCGUCUUGCUUUCCUCUGAAGAUUUCUCCUGUAUCACUCACACACAGUGUUUUCAUCAUAUCAGGUUUAUUAUACUCUGGUUUCUGAUUUCUUUUACCUAAAGCAAGAUGUUCUGGUUGAAACCUUCUAAUAUCGCAGCUGCCCUAACGGCUUCUGCACUUCUCGCCAAUGCUGCUCAGUACAAUGUCACAGUCGGUAAAGGGAGUCAACUGAAGUUCGACCCUGAGACGCUUGACGGGGUGAACCCUGGUGAUGAACUCCUUUUUACAUUUUUCUCAAAGAACCACGCCGUUGCGCAAUCUACUUUUGAUACCCCUUGCCAACUAAAAGAUAAUGGCAUCUUCUCCGGGUUCACACCGAACGAUUCCCCGGACGUAGCAGCUCCGACAACGUUCACCAUUACAGUUAACGAUACGAAGCCCUUGUGGUUCUACUGCCCCCAAUCCAACGGCAACCAUUGCCAAAACGGCAUGGUGCUCUCUGUCAACGCUCCCAGCUCCGGUAACACAUUCGACGCAUAUAAGGCCAAGGCCCAAACAGCUGCCACGCCCAGCACGCCGCCAGUAGGAACUCUACCCGCAGGGGGUCUACGAAAACUCCAUAUCGAUGUCGGCUUCGACGGGAAGCUCAUGUUCAACCCUAACAAUGUGACUGAGCUCGUGGGAACUAUCCUCGAGUUUAGCUAUAACCCAGCCAACCACUCCAUCGUCCAAUCCUCCUUCGACCAACCCUGCCAACCCCUCGCCUCCGGCUUCGCCGCCCCCUUCGCACCCACGCAGCAGACCCCCUCCGGCGUGACCUUCGAAGUCGCCGUCGCCGACGACAAGCCGAUCUGGUUCUACUGCGCGCAGACGGCAAAGACGCACUGCCAAGCCGGCAUGGUCGGCUCCAUCAACGCGCCCGCCGACGGCAACAAGACCUUCGCCGCCUUCGCCGCCCUCGCCGCCACCGCCCCGCCCAGCACCAUCCCCCCCACCACCCCGCUCUUCGGCACCCUCAAGGUCAACGGCACCAUCAUCACCCAGGCCGUCGGCACCGUCCUCAACACCACCGCCCUCGACCCCGCGCUGCUCGGCAGCAUCCCGCCCCCCGGAGCCAGCUACCCGCCCAACAUCGGCGGCAUGGCGGGCGGCGACCAGCCCGGCGACUACGGGUGGGCGGCCACGAUCACGGACGAGGGCGUCGCGAUCCUGCAGGCGCUGCAGUACAUCAGCAACGCGCUCGUCGCGGUCCUGCUCGAGGGGUACGUCCGGCUGAGCGACGGCGACUGGAAGGGCGCGUACCCGCAGACCGUGACGCGCUCCCUCGGCUCGCUCGCCGCGCAGGCGCUGAUACACCGGAAGACGUACUCGGACGCGCUGGCGCACUACGGGAAGGCGACCGUCGCCGCCUGCGCGUACAAUUUCAAUGGCAACGGCAACGACACCGCCGCGACUACUUCGAGCGUCGACGGCUGGCUCCAGGACGUCCUGACCAUCCUCACGCUCUCGAUGGGCGCCAAGAUCGACGCCGUCGCGCUCGCGGCCGGGAACGCGUCCGCCGCUUCUUCUCCGGACACCUGGAUGAUCCCCGCGCUGGCCUCCGAGCUCGGCGCCGAGGCGCGCAUGGCCGCCGUCAUCAACAUGAUGCAGAGCCACUUCGCCGCCGCCGCCGCGCGCGACGCCAUGGUGCCCUACCAGCUGGCGCAGUCGUACAUCGCGAGCAAGUACGUUGUCCCGGGGAGCUGCGGCAGCACCAGCACCAGCACCAGCACCAGCACGGCACUGCCCGCGCUGGUGCUCAAGGGCAAGCGAGCCGAGGCGGGACGGCUCGUCAGCGUGCAAGUCGAGGUCCCGUCCGCGAGCACCGGAGACCACUGGGUCGCGUGGAUAGGGCCCUGGGGCAGCAUCGCGUACACGCCUGUGUCUGCGGACGAUGGGACGGCGGCGGUGCCGGCUGGGCUGUCGGGACACGCGUGGAUGGUGCUGACGACGGCGAAGGAUCUCAAGGCGCGGGAGAUUGAGGGGGCGGCUGUGGCGGGGCCGGAGAUGGUGUGGACGACGCAGCAGUGGUAGUUAUUCGCGAUCAUAGGAUAGGGAUGGAUGGUAGAUAGGGGGGUCAUGGGAUUAUUUCUGUCUACGUCUUACUUUUCUUUUCUUGGGUUUUCUUUUUUUUUUUUUUGUAAAAAGGGGGAGAGGGGAUAGAGGUUCUAGAAUCGGAGUCAUACCUGGCAUAGCAUAGCAUUUACUGGCGUCUUUGAGCAGGUAGCUUUUCAAGGAUAUAGGAGAAGAUUUAUGAUAGGCAUGACUAUUUAGGUAUAAGUAAAUGGAGAAGCUAUCUAUAUAAAGAUC